AAAAAAAUAUUAACACAACACCCAAACAACAACAACAAAACAAUAUGAACGCUUUAAAGGAAGGUUGGUUCUCAGAACUCUCCACUAUGUGGCCAGGAGAAUGUUUCAGCUUGAAGGUCAAGCAAGUUUUGCACGAAGAAAAGUCCAAGUUCCAAGAUAUUUUGGUCUUUGACUCUGAAAAUUACGGAAGAGUUUUGGUUUUGGAUGGUGUCAUCCAACAAACUGAAAGAGAUGAAUGUGCUUAUCAAGAAAUGAUGGCUCACAUCCCAUUGGCUGCUCUCAAGACUGACCCAAAGAAGGUUUGUGUUAUUGGUGGUGGUGACGGUGGUGUCGUUAGAGAAAUUUUGAAGCAUCCAUCUGUUGAAGAAGUCCACUUGUGUGAAAUUGAUGAAGGUGUCGUUAAUGCUUCCAAGAAGUUCCUCCCACACAUGAAUAUGUCUUUCGAAAGUCCAAAGCUCAAGCUCCACAUUUAUGAUGGUGCUGUCUUCUUGAAGGAACACAAGAAUUGCUUUGAUGUUGUCAUUGUUGACUCUUCUGAUCCAGUUGGUCCUGCUUCAUCAUUGUUCGGACCUGAAUUCUACAAGUCCUGCAAGGAAGCUUUGAACGAAAAUGGUAUUUUGUGUACUCAAGCUGAAUCCAUGUGGUUGCACUUGGACAUUAUUGCUGGUAUGAAGGAUUUCAUUGUUGAUAUUUUCCCAAAUGUCUCCUACUCUACUAUUUCCAUUCCAACUUAUCCAUCUGGUGCUAUUGGUUUCUUCAUUUGUUCUAAGGAUGAAUCCAAUGACGUCAAGGUUGCUAAGAGAACUGAAUGGUUCGAAUCUGCUAAGGAUACCCUCCAAUACUAUAACCCAGGUCUCCAUGCUUCAAGCUUUGUUCUUCCAUUGUUCGCUUCUAGAAGAUUGGGUCUCAAACAAUAAAUUUUGAACUAACUUUUUUUCACA